AUGGUCCACUUCUUGCACCCCGGGGUCUUACCCCGGACCCUGGUCCCCCCCGACGCCCAAAAGGAUGCUCUGGGCUACUGCGUGGUGCAGGAGGAGGCAUCACCCUACUCUUUGGUCAACAUCUGCCUUAGUGUCUUGAUUGCUAACCUGGAGAAAUUGUGUUCUGAAAGAACCGAUGGAACGCUGUUCUUUCCGAGCAUUGGGAGUUUUCCUCAGGAAAAUAGUGAUGGAUUCUCGAGAUGGGGGGGAUUUAAUGGCAAGCUGACUGAUAGAACAGCAAGCAUUUUCCAAGGCAACCAAAUGAACUUGAAGCUGGUCAAUAUCCAAAAAGCUAAACUCUCAGCAGCUGCAUUCAUGAAAGCCUUCUGCCAUCAUAAGCUCAUCGAAGUGGAUGCCACUGCAGUGCAUUCAGACCUUCCAGUCCCAGACAUCUUAAGUGCACUCUGCAGCAAUAGCUGGAUCCGGCAAAACUUACGGUCUCUCGUGUUAGACUCAACAAAUGUCCCUCGGGAUUCAAGAUUACUGUCCUUUGGUCAGCUCACCGGUCUUCGCACUUUAAGCGUUUUUAAUGUUUGUUUUUAUAGUGAAGACCUGGCUAAUGUUUCUCAGUUACCAAACCUGGAAAACUUGGAUAUCUCCAAUACUCUGGUCACUAACAUCUCUCCACUCCUUACCUGUAAGCGUAGACUCAAGUCUCUGACAAUGCACUAUCUAAAAUGUCUUGACCAGACCAAACCACAAAUUGUUGCAGUCAUCAAGAGAAUACAAGGUCUGCUUUACCUUGAUAUUUCUGAUCACAGGCAGCAAUCAGACCUAGCCUUUCAUGUGCUGCAGCAGAAGGACAUCUGCCUAAUUUGUAUCCUGGAUAUUUCUGGGGCAGUUGUCACCGAUGGAGCUUGUAAACUAUUUAUUCGACAGCGCCUGCAAUGGCAGUUUGUGGGACUCUUGGCUACGGAUGCUGGUUAUUCUGAUUUUAACUACAAGCAAGGCUUGAGGGUUGCUGGAGGAGCCAAUAUGAGUCAGAUUUCAGAAGCACUGAAUCGAUACAGGAACAGGUCAUGUUUUAUGAAAGAAGCUCUCUACAGGCUCUUCACAGAGACAUUUUCAGUGCAUGUAACAAUGCCUGCCAUUUUAAAGCUUGUGGCUGUAGGAAUGAGAAAUCACCCACUGGACUUGCCAGUGCAAUUCACAGCCAGUGCUUGUGCCCUCAACCUAACACGUCAGGGGCUGGCCAGGGGAAUGCCCGUUCGUCUGCUGUCAGAGGUCACCUGUCUGCUUUUCAAGGCCCUGAAAAAUUUCCCCCAUUACCAACAGUUACAGAAGAAUUGUCUUCUCUCCUUAACGAAUUCCAGGAUUCUUGUGGAUGUUCCAUUUGACAGGUUUGAUGCUGCCAAGUUUGUUAUGAGAUGGCUCUGUAGGCACGAGAACCCCAAGAUGCAAACAAUGGCAGUGAGCAUCACCUCCAUUCUAGCCCUGCAGCUCUCACCAGAGCAAACUGAACAACUUCAAGAAGAGCUCUUCGUGGCAGUUAAGGAACUUCUAACAAUAGUGAAGCAAAAGACUACUGAGAACUUAGAUGAUGUCACCCUCUUGUUUACUCUGAAAGCACUUUGGAAUCUUACAGAUGAGUCUCCGGCUGCCUGCAAGCACAUUAUUGAAAAUCAAGGGCUGGAGAUCUUCAUCCAAGUCUUAGAGACUUUUUCAGAGUCCCCUAUACAAAGCAAAGUACUUGGUCUUUUGAACAACAUAGCAGAAGUCAGAGAGCUGUCUCCCAAGCUGGUCACUGAAGACGUGAUGAAGCAUACCAGCAGUUUACUCCACAGCAAGGACAUAGAAGUGAGCUAUUUCGCUGCAGGUGUCGUAGCCCACCUGACAUGUGAUAAACAGCACUGGCUCUUCCGUGACCUGCAGAGGAAUGCUCUUCUCCAGGAUUUGCAUGCAACCAUCCAGAAUUGGCCAAGUUCAAGUUGUACAAUGUCAGCAUUGGUGACUUACAGAUCUUUCAAGGCAUUUUUCCCACUCCUUGGCAACUUCUCUCAACCAGAGGUUCAACUCUGGGCAUUAUGGGCUAUGUAUCAUGUCUGCAGUAAAAACCCCAGCAAAUACUGCAAAAUGUUAGUAGAAGAAGAAGGAUUGAAGCUUUUGUGUGAUAUCCAGGAGCACAGUAAGGUGAACCCCCAAGUGCAGCAGAUUGCAGCUUCCAUUCUAGAGGACUUUAGGAUGCAUUUUAUAAUCAUCGGAGGCUCCCAUUCUGGCAAAUAG